CAAUCUUUGAACAUAAGCGCGAAACAACACUCAUCAAAGUUAACAGCAAGGAGAGAAACUAAGUUGGUGGUGGGAUAAAUGGUAUUUCUGGAUACUCCUCCAGAAUCACCACAAAUAAUAAUGGAUGAUGAUCCAGGUUUCAUAGAAGAAGAAAAUAUUGAUGAAGAAAUACAGUGGUAUGAAGAAGUUUCAGUUGAAGAACUUGACGAAGGCUUGGAGCAGGAUGAUGAUGAUGACGAUGAUGACGACGAUGAUACUGGGCAGGCAGAAGAAGGUGCAGAGGCCAUGGUACCGACAAGUGAUGAUUCAAAACUUGUUUUCACAAACCAUAUAGGUUCUGUAUUCUGUUGUGACAUUGAACCAAAAGAAUCCAAGCUCGUGAUAACAGGUGGACAAGAUGAAAAAGCAUAUGUGUGGAACACAAGCUCAGGAGAAAUUUUGUUUGAAUGUACAAAUCACAAGGAUUCGGUUUCUUGUGUUGGGUUCAGCCAUGAUGGAAUGUAUGCUGCAACUGCUGAUAUGUCUGGAAUUAUCCAGGUAUGGAAAGUGCCAACCAAAACUCUGGCUUGGAGUUCUGAUGACAGUUAUGGUGAUCUUCAGUGGAUGAAAUGGCACCCUGCAGCUCAUGUUUUGUUUUGUGGAUUUGCCACUGGUGAUGUCUUUGCUUUUAAAAUUCCAAGUGGUGAAAUUAAGGUCCUUCCUGGAUCUGGAGAGAAAACAGAAAGUGGAAUUAUUAUGCCAGAUGGAAAAAGGUUUGUUGUGGGGUAUGAGUCGGGAACAAUAAAAGUAUUCGAUAUAAAGUCAGUCAAGGUAAUACAACAUAUCAAAUCCGGUGAUGCACACAGAAGUAGUGUCACAGCAUUAGAUGCAUUCCAUGAUGACAACCUUAUUAUGUCUGGUGACUUGGAUGGAAUUGUAGCUUUCAUCACAACAGCCACUGGAAGAGUAGUUAGUGUUUUUGACACCAAGGAGCUGGACAGUUCUGGUAGUGCAAGUGGUGACUCUGCAGAUGAUGAUCACCCAGCAGAAUUUUGUGUUGAGACAAUUGCAUUUUACAAAAAUCCAUCUUUUCCAGUUGCUAUAUCAGGAAAUUGUUAUGGUUGCCUAUUCAUUUGGGAUGUCAGCAGACAAGCACUGCGUUCAUUCUCAAAACAAGAUUGCGGCAUAACAACUAUUGUAUGGAGGAAGGAUAGUCCUGUAGCAUAUUUAGGCAGCUUAGAUGGUUCUGUACGAAUAUAUGAUGUUCAGAACAAUCAAGAAGUUGGCCAGUUGAGUGGACAUCGAAGCUCUAUCUUAGACAUUUGUGUAUCUGUGGAUGGGCGAGAACUGGUAACAGUUUCCGAUGACACACAGUGCCGCGUUUUUGAUAUUCAGAGACUGUGAUAUUUGACCAAUUUUUAAUGGACAAUAGAAUACAGAAAUAACUAUGUUAAUGAUGUUUCAUAGGCUGAGUUGUGAUUGAAUACAACACACACAUCUGUGUUGUAUAUUUUCACAUUGUUGUUGUUCAUGUAUUAAGGUGAUACCAAACAGCAAACUAUGGUUAUUGAAGUGUGAUAUUACUGCAAACACAGUUGUUUGUGAAAUAUGUACAUGCAUAUUUCUAUAUGGAGACUUUAUUUUGAUUUUAAUAAAAGAUCAAAAAUCAA